AUGCAUUUAUUUUUUUACAUUUUAUAUGUUUAUAAUAUAGUUUUACCUAGCACUUGUACAAAUGCAGGUUUAAUAGCUCUUACUUUUGAUGAAGGACCAACUGAAAAUACUGAUGAUAUAUUAGAUUUAGUUCAAGAUAAUAAUAUAUUAGUAACUUUUCACUUUACAGUACAUAUGUUAUCGUCAGGAAAACAUAGAAGUGUAUAUAAAAGAGCUGUUGAAGAGGGACAUACUGUUGGAUUAAGAACAACACCAAGUAGAAAUUAUGAUGAUAUGGAACCCGAUGUAAUAAAUUCUGAUAUUAGUAAACAGAUUGAUGCUAUUAAUAAAGUUACAGGAACAGAUAUAAAAUUUGCAAGAUCUCCUGUAAAUGAUGGAGAUGUCAAUCCAGACAUAUAUAGUAUUUUUUUAGAAAAUGGUAUUAUUCAAUCUUAUUAUAAUUACAGUUAUUCUGAGGAAGAUAAGACAAUUGAAGAUUUCGAAUUUACACUUUCUACAGCAAGUCCUCAAAUAGAUUCUUUUAUUGUUACACUUUACGAAAAUAUUGAUUUGAAUGAACUUGAAGAAAUAAUUGAUAUAGGUAAGAAGAAUGGGUAUGAAUUUGUAAAUAUGGAUCAAUGUCUAGGAGAUUAUGAACCAGAUCCUGAAACCUCAUUAGGUGCAAAUUAUAAAAAGAAAAAUAAUGGAGAAGUUUUAGAAAUAUUUGGAUUAUAUACAAUAGUUCUAUUUUAUUGUUUACUAUAA